AUGGCCGAUAUGUUGAAGACACCGGAUAUUUCAGAAGCCUCAAAGAAGAACAACAAUGAUACCGACUUGGGAGAAGUCUGGGAAAUUCUUGAUCCUGCGGAGGAGCUGAGGCUUGUGAGAAAGAUUGAUUUCAGGCAAAAAGCCAGAAUCCUUCCUUUGAUGCUCGUUGCAUACAUGCUGCAAUUUCUCGAUAAACAGACAUUGAGCUCAUCUACAAUUAUGGGCAUAAUAACAGACCUCAAAUUGCAUGGCUUUCAGUAUAGCUGGGCUUCGAGCUGCUUCUAUUUUGGCUAUCUUUUUGCAACAUACCCGGUUUCGUUGAUCUUAAUCAAGUUUCCGCUGGGAAAAUCCCUCUCAAUCAUGUUUUUGAUUUGGGCCAUUAUACUUGCGUGCCAUGCUGCGACCAAGAACUUUGCGACACUGAUGGUCGCACGGUUCUUCCUCGGUAUUGCCGAGGCGAGCAUCUCGCCCGGAUUUAGUCUGAUCACAUCACUCUGGUAUCGGACCUCAGAGCAGCCAUGGAGGCACGGUCUUUGGUUCUGCGGAAAUUCAGUCUCAUCGGUCUUCAGUGGACUAAUCGGAUAUGGAAUCUAUCAUAUCCAUGAUAGUCUAGCUUCCUGGAAGUGGCUCUUCAUUAUUUUUGGUAUUUUGACAUUUGUGUGGGGGCUCGUCCUAUUAUGGCGCUUGCCUGAUAGUCCGCAAAAUGCUAAAUUCAUCAGUGGAAAGGAGAAGAAGAUCGCUAUACACCGAUUGAAGGCUAAUCAAGCAGGUUUCAAGAGCAAUAAAUUAGAGCUUUCUCAGAUAAAAGAGACUCUUCUCGAUUAUAAGACUUGGCUUGUUGCUGUCUACUCUCUUACUACAAAUAUCCCUAAUGGGGGAAGUUUAGCUUUCUCUUCAUUGAUUCUUGAAGGAUUUGGCUUUUCGGUUCUAAACACUUUCUUGAUGGGAAUUCCAAUAGGAAUAGUUAUUUUUGUGUUUGUUCUUUCCUCAACAUACCUAUCUUCAAAGCUGCCGAAUGCUAGGUGUCUGAUAAUUGCAGCGGUCAAUAUUAUCAGUAUUACUGGCGCCGUUAUUAUCUAUACUUGCGACACUAUUGGAGCGAAAUACGCUGGACUUUGCCUUAUGCAAGUCUUCUCUAGUGGCAUGCCUCUCUCAAUGGCUCUGGUUAGCUCUAAUAUAGGAGGCUUCACAAAACGAGCCACCGUGAUCACAGUUUUAUUCACGUGCUAUUGCGCUGGAAAUAUUAUCGGUCCUCAGCUAUUCUUCGCUAGGGAGGCCCCUCGCUACAAGUCUGGCUUCCUCGCUAUAAUAAUAUGCUUUGCGAUAUCCACUGUGACCAUCCUCGUUCUUCGCUAUUUGCUAAUUUUUGAGAACAACAAGCGAGAUCGCACGUCCGUUCCGGUGGAACAAAGGGAAGAACUACGCUUGGCAGACUUAACAGAUAUCGAAAACAAAAAUUUCCGAUACGCUUAUUAG